CACCUUUUUUUGCUGCAGAGACCAUUAGCUUAGGCAAAGCAGUGCAGGUCAUAAUUAAACUCUGUGGACGAGGAACAUCACCACAGAGAAUGAUUAUGAGAGAGAUAUUGCUCUGCCUUUUGCACGGUCUCUUUUUCACAGCUUGCUUUGGCUCUGCCUGUGUUCCUGCUCAGUGUCUGAAAUGUGACGACAAGGUAGAGACUGUGGCAGAUUCUUGUCCACUCUGCUCUGCACACUGCAUCAAUAUGUCUCGAGUGCCGUCACACUGUGAAAAAGACUUUCAGGUUUCCAUCAACAGCACUGUAUCCCAGCCGGAUGAAGGCGACGACAUCACUCUAUCGUGUGUUCACAAUCUUCCUAACGUGACUCUGACGUUUGAAUGGGAAAAGGAGGGAAAGUUGUCCCUCGAAGGCCAAAAUAAAAGCCAGCUUGUUCUGGAAAGUGUGUUGUCUGAUGAUAAUGGCCGGUACUCCUGCUUUGUGAAUAGCACUUGUGGCCGUUUCCAGUCUUCACCACAUGAUGUCACUGUCAAGAACAACAGUGUGGUGAUCCUGAUUAUCUGUGGCGUUUCUGCUUUAGCCCUGGUUCUGAUUAUGGGCAUCGCUAUGAAAUACAAGCUGAAAAGAGACAACGCUCAACACAAACAGAGGAGGAUGCAGAGAGAACAGAAUGAGCAGAGAGCCAUCCCAGCUCCAGUCACACCAUGAAAGUCCUAAACAAGAAUCAGUCUAUCACAUUUAAAAAUGAUCAUAUUGUGUUUUUGUUCUGUUGUAAUGUUUAAUAUAAACAUAUUUGUUAA